CAGGCCCACAAUGGAUGCCCUGAGACUGGCAAAUUCUGCUUUUGCAGUUGAUCUGUUCAAACAGCUGUGUGAAAAGGAGGCAACAGGCAAUGUCCUCUUUUCUCCAAUCUGUCUCUCUACCUCCCUGUCACUUGCUCAAGUAGGUGCCAAAGGUGACACAGCAGAUGAAAUUGGCCAGGUCCUACAUUUUGAAAAUGUCAAAGAUGUGCCCUUUGGAUUUCAAACAGUCACAUCGGAUGUGAACAAACUCAGUUCUUUUUACUCAUUGAAACUCAUCAAACGGCUCUAUGUAGACAAAUCUCUGAAUCCUUGCACAGAGUUCAUCAGUUCAACGAAGAGACCCUAUGCAAAUGAGAUGGAAACUGUUGACUUCAAAGAUAAAAUGGAAGAAACAAAGGGUCAAAUCAACACAUCAAUUAAGGAACUCACAGAUGGCCGCUUUGAGAAUAUUUUAGGUGACAACAGUGUCAAUGACCAGACCAAAAUCCUUGUGGUAAAUGCCGCCUACUUUGUUGGAAAGUGGAUGAAGAAAUUUCCUGAAGCAGAAACCAAAGAAUGCCCUUUCAGGGUCAACAAGACAGACACCAAACCAGUGCAGAUGAUGAACAUGGAGUCUACAUUCUGUAUGGGCCACAUUGACAAUAUCAACUGUAAGAUCAUAGAGCUUCCUUUUCAGAAUAAGCACCUUAGCAUGCUCAUCCUGCUGCCCAAGGAUGUGGAGGAUGAGUUGACAGGUCUGGAAAAGGUUGAAAAGCAACUCAACUCCGAGACACUGUUGCAGUGGACCAACCCCAGCACCAUGGCCAGUGCCAAAGUCAAACUCUCCAUUCCAAAAUUUAAGGUGGAAAAGAUGCUUGACCCCAAGGCUAGUCUGGAAAACCUAGGGCUGAAAAAUGUCUUUAAUGAAAGUACUUCUGAUUUCUCUGGAAUGUCAGAGACCAAGGGAGUGGCCAUAUCAAAUGUGAUCCACAGAGUGUGCUUAGAAAUAAGCGAAGAUGGCGGGGAUUCCAUUGAGGUGCCGGGGUCACGCAUCCUACAACACAAAGAUGAGUUCAAUGCCGACCACCCGUUUAUUUACAUCAUCAGGCACAACAAAACUCGAAACAUCAUUUUCCUUGGCAAGUUCUGCUCUCCUUAAAUGGUGCAGCCAAGUUAAGUCCCACCUGACUUUUCUGUGGAUGCAGAUGCCCAUAAGCUCUGCAUCCAGAGAAGCACUUUCUAAAUAUGAUCAGUGGUUAGUACUGUUGGAUCAGGAAGCAACCAGUACUUGUCACAUUCAUAGACCCUUCUUUUCCAAUUCUUUGCUUUUGUUUCCUUUUUCCACCCCAUAAAAGAUAAAGACCUAUGCUUUUGGUGAAAAGAAAUCACCUUAGCUGGCAAAUAUUUAUUCAUUUUUUGUGGAGCUAGCCAGGGUUAUUGGCAGGAAU